GCCUCCCAGUCGGGCGGCCUGAGCGUCUGUGAUUGGUUGGCGAGAGCUCCAGCGCGAGCUCCCCCUACAGUUGCAAGCGAGGAGCCGGCGGGUACGAGUCGGUGUAAAAUGGCGCUGUCUCAAGGAACAAAGAAAAAAGUUUGCUAUUAUUACGACGGCGACGUGGGGAACUACUACUAUGGCCAGGGCCAUCCCAUGAAACCCCACAGGAUCCGCAUGACGCACAACCUGCUUCUCAACUAUGGGCUGUACAGGAAGAUGGAGAUCUAUCGGCCACACAAAGCCAGCGGCGAAGAGAUGACCAAAUACCACAGCGACGACUACAUCAAGUUCCUGAGGUCCAUCCGACCGGACAACAUGUCCGAGUACAGCAAACAGAUGCAGAGAUUCAACGUUGGAGAGGACUGUCCGGUGUUCGAUGGCCUGUUUGAGUUCUGCCAGCUCUCAACGGGCGGGUCCGUUGCUGGAGCAGUGAAGCUCAACAAGCAGCAGACGGACAUCGCCGUCAACUGGGCGGGCGGACUGCACCACGCCAAGAAGUCCGAGGCCUCUGGCUUCUGCUACGUUAACGACAUCGUCCUGGCCAUCCUCGAGCUGCUCAAGUACCACCAGAGAGUGUUGUACAUAGACAUCGACAUCCACCACGGUGACGGAGUGGAGGAGGCCUUCUACACCACGGACCGAGUCAUGACCGUCUCCUUCCACAAGUACGGGGAGUACUUCCCCGGCACCGGAGACCUGAGAGACAUUGGAGCUGGAAAGGGCAAGUACUACGCAGUGAACUACCCACUCAGAGACGGCAUUGACGACGAGUCCUAUGAAGCCAUCUUCAAACCAAUCAUGGCUAAAGUCAUGGAGAUGUACCAGCCAAGUGCUGUGGUCCUCCAGUGCGGAGCUGAUUCUCUGUCUGGAGACAGACUGGGAUGUUUCAACCUCACCAUCAAAGGCCACGCCAAAUGUGUCGAGUACAUCAAGAGUUUCAACCUGCCCCUGCUGAUGCUGGGCGGCGGCGGCUACACCAUCCGCAACGUGGCCCGCUGCUGGACGUACGAGACGGCCGUGGCCCUGGACUGCUCCAUCCCCAACGAGCUGCCCUACAACGACUACUUCGAGUACUUCGGGCCCGACUUCAAGCUGCACAUCAGCCCGUCCAACAUGACCAACCAGAACACUAACGAGUACCUGGAGAAGAUCAAGCAGCGUCUGUUUGAAAACCUGCGCAUGCUGCCUCAUGCCCCCGGCGUCCAGAUGCAGGCGAUCCCAGAGGACGCCCCCCACCCGGACAGCGGCGACGAGGACGAGGAGGACCCCGACAAACGCGUCUCCAUCCGGGCCCACGACAAGAGGAUAGCGUGCGAGGAGGAGUUCUCUGACUCGGAGGACGAGGCUGAGGGGCAGGGAGGGGGCCGCAGGAACGCCGCCAACCACAAGAAGGUCAAACGAGUGAAGAAGGAGGAGGAGAAGGAAGGGGAGGAAAAGAAAGAAGUGAAAGAGGAGGAGAAGGAAGAGGAGAAGAUGGACACGACGGGACCAAAAGAAGAGGUGAAGACAACUUGAAGUCUGUCACAGGGACAACGUGAUGGUCGUGCCAUUCUCCUCAAGCCCCACUGAUUCCUUACACACUUCCCACGACGACAGGACCGUCUCGUAUUCCAGUUUUAUUGUUUCCACGGGCGAAACCUGGUUCACGUUGUACUAUUUGCAUUCGUUUCCAAGCUCAGCCAAGCACCAGUUGUGUCCGUGUUCACCAGAAAGUUUACAGGGUGAAGACAAAAAUUCUGGAGAAAACAAUUGGCCAUUUAGUAUAAAACAAAUGCCAUAACACCCUUUCCAGCCAGUGUGAACCAGGUCUGCUUUAAUGUGAAGAAAAGCGGCCAGAGCGUUACUGUUUUAACAUUUAACACGAUUGUUGGGGCCUAGCUGAAAUACCUGCAGACAGAUGAUCUAGAAGCCUAGUGCUCAGACCCUAAAAGUUAUUUUCUUCUGUUUUUUAAACGUCUAUUUAUGGAACCGUUAGAAUAACCAGCGUUAGCCUAACUCUCGUUUCGGCUCACGAUGUUAAUUUAUCAAGCGUGUGCAUGUUUAGAAUGAUGUCGCCUCUGCUGUGUACAUAUGACCCUCAAGUUUUUGUUUUUAAUAUCAGUCCCUUUAGCCCCAUCCUCUUACGAAGACAGUGUUUUUUCAGUGACGUGUGAACGGGUGUGAACCUCUCCAGAGGCUUGUGAUCUGUUUUAGAUAUUUUAUACCAUGAUACAUGAAUGUGGAGUGAGCUGCUCAAACAUUCUACAUGUUCUAUCCUUGUGAAAUGUGCAUUAUCAUAAUUUUGUUAAAAAAUAAAGAAAACCGAUCUAUAUUGAC